AUGGUUAGAGAAGGUGAAGCAAAUCACAUUCAUAAAUUCAAACAGCUUUUGAACCAGUACUUGGUGGACAUGUACGCUAAAGUUGAGAGUGAAAGGCUGCUGUAUCUUCGUACGCACCAAAAGGAACUGAGAGCAGAGAAUUACAUACACCUUCAAGACGCUUUAAGACGAGACGACAACGUAGAAGAAAUGGGGCAAAAGAUAAUUUUACCUGCCACCUUUACUGGAGGUCCUAGAUAUAUGCAUUCUCGCACACAGGACGCCUUUUGCUAUGUUCGGAAGUUUGGUCGUUCAGAACUUUUCAUAACAAUGACAACAAAUCCAAAAUGGAUAGAAAUCACGAGUGUAAUUGGAGAAAGGCAGUCUGCUCACGACCGGUAUGAUGUGGUAUCACGAGUUUUUCAUUUGAAGCUUAACUGUAUGAUUGCUGUUCUUAUGAAAGGCCAGAUUUAUGGCUCAGUUCGCUGCUACAUGUACUCUGUUGAAUGGCAGAAACGUGGUCUUCCACACGCUCAUAUCCUGAUUUGGCUUGAAGAAUCCAUUCCUCCAAAUAGAAUAGAUCAAGUCAUUUCUGCAGAGCUUCCAAAUCCUGAAACUGAUCCUGAACUUGCAGAUAUAGUCAAGACUCACAUGCUGCACGGACCAUGCGGAGCUUUUAAUGUGCGACAGCGCAAGCUUCCCUGUAUGAAGGAUGGUCACUGUAGCAAAAGAUACCCUAGACCAUUUGUCAAUGAAACGGCAACAGGAGACAAUGGAUACCCAACAUACAGAAGGCGCUCCCCAGAUGAUGGAGGCCAUCAUGUCCUAAUCAGAGUAGGUAACGAUGAAAUCCCUAUGGACAACCGAUGGGUAGUACCUUACUCGCCUGUAUUGUCCCGAACAUUUCUAACACAUGUUAACGUUGAGUACUGUAGCAGUGUAAAAUCUAUAAAGUACAUCUGCAAGUACAUAAACAAGGGCAGUGACCAGGCCACAUUUGCAGUAAGUAAUGACACAGACGAAAUUAAAAUGUACCAAAGUGGUCGGUAUAUAUGCACAUCUGAGGCGGUAUGGAGAAUUUUAUCAUUUCCUAUACAUGAGAGGUUUCCCGCUGUGUUGCAUUUAGAGGUCCACCUUCCAAAUGAGCAAAGAGUAUAUUUCCAGCCAGGCAAUGUUCGGGAAAUAAUGGACCAAAGUACAACUCUUUUGGCCUUCUUCAAUCUCUGCCAGACGGACGCCUUUUCAAGAACCCUCCUCUACAACGAGUUGCCCUAUUAUUACACAUACUCUAAACAAAGAGGUUGGUCCAGGAGGCGGAGAGGACAACCAGUACCAGGACAUCCUGACGUGAGACAAGAUCCGUGCAUCGGUAGGGUGUACACUGUCCAUCCAAGCUGCAGUGAGCGUUACCAUCUCCGACUCCUCCUACACACUGUUCGAGGUCCAACAUCUUUUGAGGAUCUCAAGACUGUUGAUGGUGUGCUCCAUCCAAAUUUCCAAUCCGCAUGCCGUGCCCUUGGUUUACUAGAGGAUGAUGCGUGCUGGGAGGGCACUCUUGCAGAAGCUGCUGUUUCUGACAGUCCCACCAAGUUGAGGGAUCUCUUCAGUGUCUUAUUAGUAUUUUGCAAUGUGAGCAACCCUCUUGAGCUCUGGAUCAGAUUCAGAGAUUCCCUCUCAGAGGACUUUUUGAGAUCUGCACAUCAAGUCGACAUUAACACCACCUUUGAAAACAAUCCUAUCAUAUAUGACCAGUGCCUAGCAAGCAUUCAAGAGACAAUCACUCGCAUGGGAGGACUUGGGCUCGAAAGCUACAACUUACCAGUACCAGCCAUAGAUGUCAAUCAGUUAAACCAUGAUUAUAUCAGAGAGACAAGUUACGACCAUCCCGAACUCAUUAGGUUUAUUGAACAGUGUACGCCAACUCUCAACGAGGAGCAGCGCCAAGUGUAUGAGCAAGUUUUGACGAGCAUAAAUGGACAAAGAAACAAGAUGUUUUUUCUUGAUGCUCCUGGAGGUACUGGAAAGACCUACCUCAUAAAGCUGAUUCUCGCAAAGGUUAGAUCAAACAGUAAGAUUGCUCUUGCUGUGGCCUCUUCUGGCAUUGCAGCAACCCUUCUGCCAGGUGGAAGAACUGCCCAUUCCAUGUUCAAAAUCCCAAUAAAUGUAGAGCAUAUGGACAUCCCGAUUUGUUCUAUAUCGAAGAGCGCUCCCAUGGCACGAGUUCUACAAGCAGCCUCCUUAAUAGUCUGGGACGAGUGUACGAUGUCCAAUAAACUGACAAUCGAGGCCCUCGACAGAACACUCAAAGAUAUGAGGAACAGUAAUAAGAUCAUGGGUGGAGUGACGGUAUUGUUCUCUGGUGACUUCCGCCAAACUCUGCCAGUUGUAGUGAGAGGCACAAGGGCGGAUGAAAUUAACGCCUCUAUGAAAAGAUCUACCCUAUGGCCAAUAAUGAACAAACUGGCGUUAACAAAGAACAUGCGGGCCAAUAUUGGAAAUGAGGUGGAAGAAUUCUCCAAUGUUCUGUUAAAGUUGGGAGAUGGAAAGCUGGGUAACGUUGAUGGAACUAUCGAUAUACCACCUUCUCUUGGUGUUAUUGUUCAAACCCAAGAUGAACUCAUCGAGAAAGUCUAUCCAGGAAUUGAAGACCUCCCAAACAAGAGCAGUGCCUGGUUAUGCAAUAGGGCUAUUCUCACUCCAAAAAAUGAAGUUUCAACAAAGAUAAAUAAGAAAGUGAUGUCCCUAUUCCUAAGCGAGGACAAGACAUAUUUGUCGGUGAACACAGUUCUAAGAAAUGAUGACGCAGUGCACUACCCGGCAGAGUUUCUUGACUCGGUGACAGCACCUGGACUACCCGCCCACGAACUUAAUCUUAAAAUUGGUAUUCCCGUUAUGCUUCUAAGAAAUUUAAACCCUCCUAAAUUAUGCAAUGGGACUCGGCUUCGAAUUCGAAGUCUCCAGCGAAAUGUCAUAGAAGCCGAAAUUCUAACAGGCUGUGGUGCGGGAGAAGUGGUGUUUGUCCCCCGGAUCCCACUCAUCCCAAGCAACUAUCCCUUUGAGUUUAAGCGCCUGCAAUUUCCCUUAAAUCCAUGUUUUUCCAUGACGAUCAACAAAUCGCAAGGUCAGACACUGUCAACAGCAGGGAUUGAACUAGGUGACGCGCAAUGUUUUUCACACGGACAGCUGUACGUGGCGUGCAGCCGAGUGCGAUCGCCAACCAACCUUUACAUACAUGCCCCAGGCGGUCGAACCACUAAUAUAGUAUAUGAAGAGGCAUUAAGUUAG